UGGUUGUGGCAGAUGGUGAAUUUGUCGUGGGGAUGGAAUUUAGUUCUCGCGAAUUUGUGAUUGCAGCAGUUAAAGAUUAUGCUAUCCGAAGAGGCGUAGAUUACCGGAUGUAUGAAUCAGAACCCCAAACAUUCUAUGCCAAAUGUACACAGUACGGAACAAGUUGUAAUUGACUGAUUAGGGUUAGCAUGAUCCAGAUGAAGUAUUGUUCAGAAAUUAGAAGAUAUAAUGGUAGUCACACUUGCACUAGAUCAAGUAUUUCUCAAGACCAUUUCAAGCUGGAUUCAAUCAUAAUUGCAGAAGCCAUUAAGACAUUGGUAGAAGCUGACCCAUCCAUAAAGGUAAAAUCUGUCAUUGCUGAAGUUCAAUCAAAGUUUAAUUACACUAUAAGUUAUCGGAAAACAUGGUUGGCAAAGCAGAAGUCAGUAGAAAAAAUAUUUGGAGGUUGGGAGGCUUCCUAUGAAGCUCUGCCUAUAUGGUUUGAAGUCAUGUGUGCUAAGGAGCCAUCAGCAGCCGUCCACUUUGAGACCAUGCCUUGUUAUCAGGGGGAUGACUUGGUUCCUAAUAUUCGGGUGCUACAUCGGGUUUUCUGGAGUUAUUACCCUUGCAUUAGAGCAUUCAGGCACUGCAAACCAGUUGUACAGGUAGACGGGACUCAUUUAUAUGGAAAAUAUAAGGGUUGUCUGUUGGUGGUAGUUUCACAGGAUGGAAACAACAAUAUAGUGCCCAUUGCAUUUGCUAUUGUCGAGGGUGAGACUUCUGAUGCGUGGUAUUUUUUCCUUAGUAAUUUGCGACGACAUGUGGUGACACGGGAUGGUGUGGGCUUUAUCUCUGAUCGACACGAUUCUAUAAGUUCGGCCGUGGAACGCAAUAAUGGAGCUUGGUCGCCUCCGAGAGCUUUCCACAUGUUCUGCAUCAGGCAUAUAGAGUCUAAUUUUUUGAGAAAAUUUAAGGCACCAUAUCUCCAAAAGCUUAUCGUCAACAUAGGAUACUCUAGGACAGUGCGCGAAUACUAGUUGCAUUACGAACGUUUACGCGAGCGGGGUGAAGCAUACACAAGGUGGCUGGACAGAAUUCCUCGUGAACAGUAUGCUUUGGCAUUCGAUGGUGGAUAUCGAUGGGGUCACAUGACUACAAAUUUAGUGGAGGUGCAUUAAUUCGGUAUUGAAGGGGGCGCUUAAUCUCCCAGUCACUGCACUUGUAAAGGCAACAUUUUACAGACUGAAUGAGUUAUUCACCAGGAAAAGGGCUGAAGCGGAGGCUCGAAUUAAUGCUGGUUAUGUGUUUUCAGAGACCGUGACCUCUAAAUUGCAUGCAAAUCAACGCGCAGCCGGGAACAUUCAGGUUAAUUUCACAGGCUCAUGAAUUAGGACAUGACUAUAUCGGUUGGUCUACUGCAUUAUCCAAAAUCUGUGUGUGACAGACCAAUCCAAAUUUUUGGGUCCGGUCAAAAUCUUACCAUGUUGGCCAUCUAGAGACCUCUCCUGAUGUGGCACACCCUGUACGAACCCAAAUCGUCUCCUACACCUAUCGGUUGCAUACCACUCAAGAGUCUCAAACGAUAUCAAUGGUAUCGUUGCACUCCAAAUUUCUGAUUGACUACAGAUGUCUUCUGGAAUGACAUCUGCCUCUAUCCGAUCAACGUCGUAAGCUUCCCAAACAAACUGGAUUGGAUAAAAAAAUAUUAUUAAGCACUACAUAAUACGAAGGCAUCAAGAAACAUGUAUAUCCAGAUGUUUCUAUAUCAAUGGAUGAGAAUACACCUGACCUUCCUGAACUUCAUCUAACAAUCCCCUAAAAUAAGCAACAGUAUGAUAUCUAUAUUGCCAAUUAUGAUGCUCCCAG